UGUACUUCUUCUCCUUGUUCUGAAACUCUGUCGUUCUUCUCUAUCACGGACAAAUCUGUCUCUUCCCAUUGAUUGUCUUCAACAUGUGUUUCAAGCUUAGUUUUUUUACAGCUCUGUGUCCAAACAAAGACACUGAUUGUUCCAGAGGCUUCACUGUGGUGAGCAAACAGAUCAAGUCAAUGGACCUGAACUGAUUCCCGCGCAGAUGAAUGAUUCCGCCAUUAAAGACGCUUCACCGAGCUCCGGUAGACCCAGAAAUCAGAAAUCACCUUCUCCUUCUCUCUCUCAAGCAACUCAUACUGUUCAUAAACUCACGCCAUUUCUGUGUUCUUCGUACGUAAUCGAAUCAAAGAGAAGAAACAAUAUUAACCCGAAGAUAGAACUCGCCGGAAAAAAUGGCGGAAAAAUCUCGUUUCCGUGAAGAAACAGAGAGUGAUGAAUCACAAACGGUUCAAUUCCGGUUCAAGGCUUCUAAUCUGUUUACUGCAAACCAAACCGGAAUAGUUACAGCUUCGUACCGGGUAUCGAACCGGAACCGGUUUGGGAUACAUUAGGGCUAAUACUUUUUCCUCUGGUAUCUUCGUUCUCUCCCAGCCUCCAUCGCCAUCGUCUUCAUCAUGCGGAGGAUACUUUUGCAGAAGCUCCAUGCUUGGCCGUUCAGAUCCUGUGGUUCCUUCGCUCAGAACCGGUCGUUCUCAGAGGCUUUGACGCUUCAUUACUCCGCCGGCGAGGCAUCGGAGCUUCAGUUCUCCACCGGCGACAUCGUAGGUUGUCUGAAAGACUGGUUCAAGUCAAGCCCCCACAUCCAGGCCGAUCGAUUCUUAGAUCUGAAUCGCAUCUUCGAGAUCCUUCGCUCUCCCUCCGCAUCAGACGGCGGAGAAGAUCUCCACCUCCGCCUGUCCCGGCUCGGCAUCCGCCUCUCGGAGGAGCUCAUCCUCCGCGUGCUCUCCUUUGGCGGCAACGAUGUCGCCUCUUGUAUUAAGUUCUUCGACUGGGCUUCCCGACAACCGGGGUUCUAUCACUCUCGCGCCACGUUCCAUGCCUACUUCAAGCUCCUCCACCGUGCCGGGCUCACGCCGGAUUUUUCGAUCCCCCAUUCCCUCCGCGUCAGCGAUGCCCUCGUCAUCGGUUACUCCCUCGUCGGUCAAGUCGACGUCGCUCUCCGACACUUCGGUUCCAUGAGAUUCAGAGGUUUGGAUUUAGAUUCGUUUGGGUAUCAUGUUCUCCUCAAUGCCCUCGUCGAGGAGAGUUACUUCGACACUGUCGAUGUCAUCGUCGAUCAGAUCUCCUCGCGCGGCUUCGUCUGCGGCAUCACGCAUUCCAUCUUGGUCAAGAGUUUCUGCAAGCAAGGUAAGCUAACCGAGGCUGAGAACUAUGUCCGUAGCUUGCUCAAAACCGAUGGUGAUCCAGACGGAUUCUCGACUGCAUACGGCCUUGUAGUCGAUGCUCUAUGUUCCCGUAACUUGUUUCGUCGGGCGGCUAGAUUGCUGGACGAGGUCAGAGAGCUGGGUACAGUCCGAAUGGACCGAGGUUACAGCAUCUGGAUCAAGGCUCUCAUCCGAGCCAGGAGUUCGCUCGGGGCUGUCCACUUCUUGCACAAGUUGAAUUCUUUAGGAGAUGGGCGUGUUGUUGAUGUUUUUACGUACAACGCUUUGGUGCUUCAGCUUUUGAGGGAGAAUCGGCUCAUGGAGGUCUGUGAUGUCAUUAUCGAGAUGAUGGAGCAAGGGGUUUCUCCCGAUAAGGGCACCAUGAACGCGGUCUUAUGCUUCUUCUGCAAAGCCGGACUGGUGGAUAUAGCCCUCGAACUGUGCCGGUCUAGGUCAGAGAUCGGUCUUGCUCUUACCACCAUGGCUUACAACUAUCUAAUCAAUACCCUGUGCGAGCAAGACCAUCGCAGUGUCGAACGGGCUUAUGGUAUCUUCAAAGCUUCGAUCGAUCAAGGACAUUUCCCCGGUAGAUACACUCUACAUAUACUUGCCAAGGCUCUGUGCGAGAAGGGGAAGCUUGAAAACAUGAAGGAACUGUCCAUUUUAUCGUUAAGACACAGGUUACUGCCUAGUGGGGUAGCCUAUGGCAGGUUUGUGUCGGCUCUUUGCAAGGCCGGGAAAUUGGAAGAUGGUCUUUUGAUCCGUGAUGAUCUCGUUAGGGCCGGUAUUGACAUUACCGCAAACAUGUUCAUCAGCUUGAUAACUGUGUCUGUCAGGUCAAACAAGGGGGACAUAGCUGCCAAACUUCUCAUCGAAAUGCAGAAAAAGGGUUACGCCCCGGCCCCGGGACUGUACCGAAGUGUUAUCCAAUCUCUGUGCGGGAUGGAAAAUUGCAUGGACAGCUUUUUCAACUUGCUAGAGGUGCAGUUACGUCUUCUCGAAGACAAAGUUAAGGUAUAUAAUCGCUUCAUCGAUGGAGCCGGGCAUGCAGGAAAGCCAGAACUCACAGCAAAAGUAUACAAGAUGAUGAUGAAAGAUCAGAUCAGGCCAACAUUAGCAUCAAAUAUUCUUCUGCUCAAGUGUUAUAUAAGGGCUGGAAAAUUUUCAGAUGCUGUAAACUUCUUCGAUGCCCUUUGCGAAAAAGGCGAGGUAAGUGGAAAACUUUACCAUACCAUGAUCCGUGAGCUAUGUAAAGCCAAGAAGGGGAAUAUUGCAUUGAUGUAUUUCGACGAGAUGAAGCGUAACGGGCUGCUCCCUAGCAUUGAAUGCUAUGAAAGGGUCAUAACUCACAUGUGCACCAAUGGCAUGUAUGAGACAGGGAUUAGGUUAGUCAGCGAGUUUAGGAAAACAGGCAGACCCCUUACAGCGUUCAUUGGUAAUAAUCUUUUGUUUAACGCAUUGAAGACCCGAGGAAUAUAUGAAGCAUGGAUUCGGAUGAGAGAUGAUCUUGAGGUGACGCCCCAGAUGAGGUUGCUUGGGGAAUUGAUCGGGAUAUUCUCAGGACGGGUCAGAGUGAUGGGAGAGAUAAAGACGUUGGAUGAAGUUAUCGAGAAAUGCUACCCUCUUAGUAUCUUCACUUACAAUAUGUUGCUGAGAAGGUUGAUGAUGGAACGGGUCGAUGAUGCACUCGAGAUGGUUAAACGGUUGUGUCAGAGAGGGUAUGAGCCCGACCAAUGGACUCACAUGAUAAUAUAUCAGGGUCUUCGCGAAGCCGGUAGAUGGGAAGAGGCGGAGAAAUGGUUAGAAGCCACGGAAGCAAGCUACCAAACACACGGUAAAGGUCGAUGAGUUCUUCAGCCUUAGCCAGGUUAGCGUCUCUCAUAUCUUCUUAUGUAUGUCAUAAGCUGAUUAAAAGGGAGAAAAAAUUGGAAUUAGACGAAGAAAAGGGAAGGUCUGGAAUCGUUUUAUCAGUCGUCAAAGUUCUGUCUGAAACCCGAGAUGUUUGCUCGUUCUAAGUGUAAUGUUACUGAAGACAGGGGAGUGAUCUGAAGGCGUGGUUACUUCUUGUGGUAUGAGGCCGAGCAAGCGAAUCCAUAUACUGAUGUACGAAUAUCGGAGAAAACAUCUCGACUUGCCUAUAAAAAUUCCUGUUUUCGGGUCUCGGGAGAGAGACCUGAUGGAUUUGCUUUUUUGCUGCUCUGGUUCUUGGCAGCAGCCACGACCUGGAUGAAGAAUAUCGGGUCUGGAUGCAUCAUAUUCGUGCUAAGCUGCCAGGAUCAUCAUUAAUGCUCCAAUCUCCGACCAGCCCCAAGAAAGCUUCAAUUUUGUGAUGACCCUUUUCAGGUCCCCGACCGCAGAAUCCGAAUGGAUUUUGGUAACAUCUCGAAAUGCGUAUCCAAAGCCAAUGGAUCUGGCUGCAGAAGCGUGAUCUCGGGUUUCGGGAAAUGGAUAGGUAUCCUCCAAUGGUUCUGGCUGCAUAUAUGUGGUAUCUUCGGGAAACAGACAGGUAUCCUCCAAUGGUUCGGGUUGCAGAAACGUGAUCUCGGGUUUCGAGAAACGGAUAGAGUAUCCUCCAAUGGCUGCCGACUGAAUCAGGCGAGUUUCGGGACUAGGGGUGUUGUGGCAGGAUCUUAGUCUUGGCCGCAAGAUUCAGAUCGGACGGCCGUCGCUCGGCCGGAGAACAGAACAGCAUAAAACAUAAAGGCUAAAGAACACUACCCUUCGUCUUAUUUGUCUUGUCCCCACAAAGCAAAAAAGGUUUUUUGAUCUUUGCUUUACCAAUAUUAUUUUGAUUCAUCGUACAUAUUCAUUAUCCAUUUUUCCUUGUAUAUUAUUUAAAUUUAAUGUUGUUUUAAUAAGAAAAAAUAAUAUGAUUGUUUUA